AUGUUUUUUUUCAGAACGGAGAAUGUGUACGAAAAGGAAAUUAAGGAGAUGAAGGAGAUGAAUGGGCUGGACAGCUCGAACGCCAUUGCCCAGAUGGAGGAGGACGGGGAAGAGGAUCGGGAAGGAGAGAGCGAAACAGUGAAGGAAAAGGUGAAGAAACCCCCCUCCUACGACCAGAAGGAAAAGAAACUCACGAAGAACAAUUUUAUGAAAAUUUUUAAAAAGAAGAAAAAAUCGGAAGAAAUGGAAGAGACGGUUUCGAAAAUAUAUGACUCGAAUUGUGUGCUCACGAAUCCGAAUAACGUAGACGAAGAGAAAUACUACUUGUCCUUCAGUGAGCUAAACAGAGGCGACGACAUGUCCGAUAAAAUUGUAGAGGAACGAAGCCCAAGGGAUGCCAAACAUAAGGACAAACUGGCUGAAAAGCAGAAGAGUGGAGAAAAUUUGAAUGGGGAGAACGAGGCAGAGGCAGUGGACAGAAAUUACAAUUUUGAACCACACGAAGAUUUAAAAAAGGAAAUCGAAAAAAUAAAAAUAGAUAUAGACAAAAUUAAGAAAAAGGGAAAUGUAAAAAGAAUAUAUGAUGAUUUGAAAUAUAUACUCCUUUUCCAAAAUGAAAUAAUUGACAUAUUGAUAGAGGACAUCCGAAAAAAUAAAUUAAGGACAAAGUACGACAUGUUAGAAGAUAGCACCGUGAAGGAUGAUAUAAAUAAAAUUAUUUUAAAUCACAUAACAUUGGAUCUUUUAAAAUUUAAAUAUAUAAAUACAAAAUUGAAGGAGCUAAUUCUCUGUGUAUAUGACACGAAGAAAUUUAACGCCUUGAUAAGAAAAAUAGUAUAUAACAAAUUGGAUGAAAUGAAAAAAAUUGUGGAUAAGAAUGGCGAGCUAACUUUUGCAAAAACUAUGUUGAGCUUUCUAUACAAGCAGCUUAAGUACUGUCUAGAGGAAGAAGUGCAGUCCUACUAUGAAGAAGUGAAAAAUAUGAACGACGAUAUUCAUAAUCUGAAGAAAAAUGUGGUUGAUAUCAUUUUUGAGGCCAUAAAUGAUGUAUGCACAUUGCCACAUCCAAGUGAGAUAUACCCCACGAAUGGGAAAAACGCCAAAUAUGAAGCGGAGCAGAGGAAGAAACAGAUCAUGUGUCCAGAAUAUCAGAAGGACUUGAAUAGCUUUUUCUCCCUAUACGAUAGUGUGCACGUCGAGGGAGUAAAUCAAAACAAGUUUAAAAAUUUCUGCGUUUUAGGAAACGCGAGGAAGGAUAACCAUAUGGCUCCACCUCAAGUGGUGAAUAAGAACGUAACAUUUGGUGAUAAUACUGCUGCCGGUGUGGAUAAAACGUAUUUGAUAAAUUCAGAACAGAUGCUAAAUUAUCCACCGUCUACCACCAUUUUGAAUCAUUCCUAUGUGGUUGGAGAUGUGCCCAGGAGGAAUGGCUCCAAUUUUAGAACCCACAAAGUCGUUUCACACACCGCGCCCAUAGAUGUGAGUUAUUCAAGGAAGGAAAUUCAGCAACCGUAUUCUUAUGUGUCUAAUUUGAAGGUACCAAACGGGGGCACCUACACGGAUCACUUGAACAGUUAUUAUGGUGGGGCCACUUCUGCAGUGGUUAACAAUGAAUAUCACGCAAAUGGGUUUCGCUAUAUUUAUGGCAAGAGUGAUGGUCGCAGAAUGCAAAGCAGCAGUAAUAAUCUAAUGAGGGGCGUUGCUAAGGAAUGUUCUCUAUUCUGUAAUGGACUAGAUAAAGUGAGAAGCUCGGGUAACUUUACGGACCACACGAAUGGCAACCUCAUGGUGGGGAACAACCCCUAUGUGCAGUAUCCAAUUGGAUGUAAUGAUCUUAACCGGGGAGAUGUAUUCGUUGUGGAGAAGAUGGACGGCAGGUCAAGGAUUACUCAACCCGUGGGGUGGAACAGUCAUGCGGGUGGGUUCACGGUACCUUCUCGUGUGGACGUGCAGAAUGGUGAUAUGAUCGAAAGGGGACACAUUGACCCUUUGAGAAGUGUUUAUUUGGGCAAUGGGAAUGACGUGAAAAAUUCUGUAUGCACCCCUUCCACGGGAGCCACCGCCCCUACCGCCAUUCAUCCUGCAGACACGAGUGGUACGCCGGACCAGAUGACCAACCCAAUGGAGUACACCGGAUUCGAAAUAGUAUCCAGCAAGGAAGACAUAAAGAAGUUAGAGGCUUUUCUUAACGACAAGUGGGGAAGCUUUAAGCUGUUUGAAAAGUGGGUUAAGGACUGUUCCAAGUGGCAGUGGAUAGAUUUGAAGCUUCAGAGGGAGUACAUAAGUAGCAAUGUCGACUUGGAGAAGCUGAAGGAGGAGAAAAAAAAAUACUUAGAAAAAUGUAUAAACAAGAAAAUAAAAGAAUUGUGGUGCGGACGUAUGAAAGGUCUAAUGAAUUUGAAGCUAUGCGAUAUGGAAAAGAAAGUGGCAAAAAAUUUUACUUCAAAUAAUGUUAUUAGUAAAAAUAUUUAUGACGUUAUUUUGGAUUAUGAGAGGAGCUCUAUGUGCUACCAAGAUUUAUACGCAAAGAUUUUAAAUGCACAGGGGGACAACAAAAAGAUCAGUUCACUAUUUAAAAAGUACAACGUGUAUGGAGAAAAGAUUAGUGAUGAUGAAGAGGCCAACUUGACCCACGGGGAGGGGAAAAAGAACUCCAUUACCAACACGGAGGGUACUAAAUGUGCCAAUAAAAAGAAGGGGUAUAUGCAGUCCUUAAUUUAUAGCUUUAAUAAGAAGACCCACAAGCAGAAUAGUGCUAAAGACGGUUCUCAACUGAAGAAGGAAAAUGAGGAGUCGAACAAGAAGAAGGGGAGCACCACUUCGGUGAAGGAUUCAACUAAUUUGAAGGAGCAAACGGUUGCAGAAAAUGGAGACAAGGCGAAGAAGGAAGAUGCAACUGUGAAGAUGAAUGGGCAUACGAAUGUGAAGAACGAUAAAGACAACAUCCGGGAAGAGGUCCGUAGCAACCACCCAGAUAGGCUAAACAACUCCUACAUUUCCAACGAUUCGUACCUGCAUAAUGACUCUCAGCUUAGGAGCGGCUCCCACAUAGGAAGCGAGCCAGGUAGUGGAAAAAGCCCCUCUGAAAGGAGGAGUAACUCCCAUCGUAGCAGCAGUUCCAGCUCAGGUGUACGCAUAGGACGGUCAACCAGAAAGGGAAAGGAAAAUCACGGUUCCUUCUUCGACAGCUUCUUUUUCUUCAAAAGUGAACAGAACAAAAAGAGCUCUGGAAGCAAGUCGGGUAGCACCGAAUCAGCAGCCAAAUCUAAAUCAAAAUCGAACAGCUCACAAAAUGAAGAUGGCUACCCCAUGGAGUAUUCCAAAAUUGUGGACUCAAGUAAAUAUAACAAAAAGAAAAAGAAAAAAAAAAACAAAAAGAGUAACAUGAGUACCUUUAAAAAGAUUUUUUAUCUGAACAGGAAAAAAAAAAGCAAGGAGAAUUCCUCCGAUAGUGAUGAAUCUUCGUCCGACUCGUCCGCAAAGGGGGAGAAAAAGGAGAAACGCGCAGAGGGUAAGGAAGACGCCACUAGGGGGGAGAAGAAAAAGCAUGACAGAAAAUCAACACUGGAAAAGGGCAAGGUAAAAAAGGGAAGCCUAGACCAAAGGGACAACCCUUCAGACCGACAGUCCUCCUCUGAUGAGGAAGAAUACAAAUAUGACGGAGAAUUCGAGUACGAAAUUUUAGAAAAGGAAGUGGGGGACCAUCUACACUUGGAAGAGGGAAAGGAAAAUAUCGUGUCCAUUGAAGAACUAAACAUGGAACAAAGUUGCGAACUGCUGGCAAAGUCGAAUGUUAGCAGUGAUGUGGGUGCUAGGAAAAGUCUCAGCAUGGUGAAGGAUGGAGGGAAGGAAGAAUCCAAGCAGGGAAAACAGCAGGUGAAGCGAGGGAGCAAGGGAACAGGUGCGCAGGAAGGAACGAAGGAACCCACACAAAAUGGCAAGGCUAAGGCAGGAGAACCCAUAUUGGUAAGUCAAAUUAACGGCCACAUGGAAGAAAGCACACGUCGCUUGUUAAAAACCAAAGCGAAUGAGCUAAAUAAGGGAUACUCAUUUGUGGAGGACCACUCGAUCACUUCAGGGGGAAAUUCCAAGCAAACGUCCAGCGUGGUAAAUAAGAAGGCGAAUUCUCUUGUGGAUGAUGGGUCAGCCCCACUGGGGGAGCAAAAAAGGAAGUGCAGCCGUGACGGUGAAGGCAACGUAAACGCGCAGAAUGUAGCAGACCAAAUAGGAGCGGAUGACCAAACAGCGGGGGGAGAAAAAUUACAAAAUAAUCACGCCCACCAGGGGGAACACCAAAAUAGAAGCAAAAAAAAUAACUCCAUUACCCAUUCGGACAUUUCGUACUACUCCCAUGAUGAGGAAGAAGAGGAGGUAGACGAAGGGGUGAAGGAAUACGACAACUUCUCGAGCAUAGGUUCCAUAAAAAAAGAGAAUAAAAAAAAUAAAUUUAAUAAAUUCUUUAAAAAUUUGGGAAAGUUUAGCUUCAAGCCAUCGAAAAAGAAGUCCAAAAAAAUGUCCACGCGGAUGAGCGAAGUGAAUCUGAAGAGUGCACCCAGUGUCGCUUCCAACGAAACUAAUGAUGAGCAUAUGGAUGAAGAAAUAUUAGGGAAGGGUCACGAAGGGGUGGGGCCCAAAGGGGUGAGUACACAUGGGAAAAUGUAUUUCUCGAAGAGCUUCAUGGUAAAUAGUGACGUCAAUAAUAAAAAGGGGGAAGGCCUCGCCAAACGAAAAAUGAGUCAUCAGGUGGAUAAGUUAUAUUCCUAUAUAAACAAACUGAAGGAGAAGAAAAGGAGUUCCAUCAAAACGGAGGUAAACUUGAAUGAUGAGAAGGCAAACGGUGCAGUGAAGGAGCAACAGCAGAGGGACGGUGAGAAGAAGACAAAUGGCAAGGCAAUCCUCCCGAUGCGUAUUAUCAGUCGCAUCGAAACUGCAAACAGUAUGAGUGUGUCCAAUGAAAACAUCACGAAGGAGGUAAAAAAAAAGGACUCAGAAGUGAACCCUUUGACGAAGAGGCCAUACAGCGGUGGCAAUAUAAACAAGGGGGAGAAUCAUCUGGGUGAAAAUCAUCUCGAUAAGAGCAGCCCUAGGGGGCAGAAAAAUUCCCCCCGCUUUGGUUACAGCAUGUCUAAUCAGGAAAUCUCAGAAGGAAGCGGCAAUUCUGGCGAUAGUGGCUCAGCUGUGAAUAUCACAUAUGAGGAGAGUUCAGGGACAGGCGGUGAAGAAGCCACAGCGGAGAAGAAACACCAAAGUGGAAAUUUUGACCAAGUUAGACACAUCACCAGUGCGAAGAGGAAGGAAAGUAAAAAGGACAAGGGGGAGAAGCUAAACUCGCGGAAUGCGCGUCGUGAAGUGAAAACGCCCAGCUUGUCGUUUUCCUCAGAUAACCUAAGCAAUUACGUGAAGAGCAAAUACCACGUUAAGGAGAACGAAGAAAUCCACAGAGAGGUGAUGAGCUCCGGAAGUGACAUGGACAGUAAGCUGGGCGAUAGCAUGUACAGUAGCUUAUACCUCGAAGAACGGGGCCAGAAAUUUAAGAAAAAUUUUUCGAAAAAGUUCUUAAACAAAAAGAAAAGUUCCAAAAGUUCAAGAAGUUCAAGAAGUUCAAGAAAUGGAAGGUGUUUCAAAAAGGGGAGUCGAAACAGGGACGAAAAUUCCUCAAACUCUUUGGACAUUGUUAGGUUAUCAAGUUUUAAAUCAAAGUCAGAUGUAAAGCUCUCGUGUAGUAACAGCAAGGGUAGUUCUUUCUCGUUGUCCGAUUCGAAGGAGUCUCACAUUUCGCGUGGGUACAUGUCGGACAGCAGGAAGGAGAAUAAUUCGUACUACAAAUAUGUCCAGUCGAUAUUACCCUUUGGGAUGAUGGCUCAUCAGGGAAAUGCUAAUCACGAUGGGGAUUCAGAAGAUGGAAGAAAGGGACGUCCAUCGGAGAGGAAUGGAUAA